AUGACUCUUCCAUUCUUUCAAAAGCUCAGUUCAACUAAUGCCACUGAGCCAUCAACUUCUCAAGACAAUACAGGCCCAGAGAAGUCGUGGAAACCGACGUUCGACCGCCGGCAGAGCUGGAGUAGCCAGGACCACAAACAUCAGCUGCAGGAACGAUUACUCGAUUCUGAAAAGGGAAAGGAGAUGGGAUUUACAGAAGCGCAUAGUGGGGACUAG